AUGCUCUCCAUAGCCCUAGGGGCUUGCCGGCGCCGCGUGGUUAGACCAGCGGCUAAGCAGCAAGCUGACUUUGCCCUUAUUUCCUUCUGCCACCGCCCUUCCCCUUUUGGCCUCCCACAACGACAACUUCAACUUCAACUUCUCGGCUACAACAACAUCAACAAAAUCAACGUCAACAUCAACAUCGCACUCUCUUCAACCUCAACCUCGCCUUCUGCUGCUCGCCAGUCGGUCUUUCUCGUUCUCUUUGUUAUUUUUGUUCCAUGUAUCUUGAUCUCAACUCAUACUUUCUCUUUUAGUCGGCUCUUUCUGUUUUAUCUUCUCCUCCAGAUCUUCCUCUGUCUUCCUCUUCGUUUUUUUUUUCUCAACCUGAACUUCUUCCAUCUACUUCACAGCAUACUUUUUCUCACACGCGUCGACGUGCCAGUUUCCUGCGAUAUCAAAGCCUGGUGGGUGGCUUUUUCUCGGUUCUUUGCAUAUUAUCCUGCCCCUCCCAACGCAUCUGAGCUGCUGGACUUGGAUCACUUCCUUGUGGAUCUCAUCCUAUCUACUGAUUUGUUUACUUAUUACCCUUACUUGUCUGAAAAGUGUGUUGAAGUGGUCAUUAUCAUGUCUUACAAAGUCAUGAUCUCUUCUAUCGCGUCUCAAAAGCCAUCUUCUCAGUGCAAAGCUCACGUUGACCCUACAGGUAGCAUUGUAUCACACGGGCGUCUAGGCUCGGAAACGAUGAAUUUGAGCUCGAUUACCACUGGAACCAACCCCCUUGUCUCGUCUAAACUGGGGAACAUUCAAAACACGCCUCCGGUCGGGGAUGAUAAGGUGAAUGAAUAA